AUGGCGCUAUCAGUAUCAGCUGCUGCUCCCGGCCAGGGCCAGCAGGAACCGCCGUGGGGGAAGCAGUUGAGGUACCAGCUCGCUGCUGCUGUGAGGAGCAUCAACUGGACUUACGCCAUUUUCUGGUCCAUAUCCACCGGCCCUCCGCCUGCAGGAGUUCUGGCGUGGAAGGACGGCUUCUACAACGGCGAGAUAAAGACGAGAAAGAUCACCAGCUCAACGACGGAGCCGACUGCCGACAACCUCGUCCUGCAGACAAGUGAGCAGCUGAGGGAGCUCUACGAGUCGCUCUUGUCCGGCGGCAACUCCGACCGCCGGGCAAGGCGUCCUGCCGCCUCGCUGUCGCCGGAGGAUCUUGGGGACGCCGAGUGGUACUACACCGUAAGCAUGAGUUACACCUUCCGACCUGGCCAAGGGUUGCCAGGCAAGAGCUUUGUGAGCAAUCAACACGUUUGGCUGUGCAACGCUCAAUUCGCAGACACCAAAACUUUCCAGCGCGCGCUCUUAGCAAAGGCUGCGUCUAUUAAGACAGUCGUAUGCAUUCCCUUUAUGGGUGGCGUGCUCGAGCUCGGGACGUCGGAUCCGGUUUUGGAGGACUCAAACAUGGUGCACUGGAUCAGCACAUCUUUCUGGGAGCUUCACUUAGCAUCAUUACCAGCAUGCUUGGAGUCAGAGGAGCCGAGCUCCAACCCGUCAUUAGCAAAAAGAACUGGCGAGGCUGACAUUAUGUUCGAAGACCUCAAUCACAACACCAUUGAGGGGAUGAUCUCUGAGCUAAGGGAGGUCGAGUGUUUUUCUGAUGUCGACCUUGAGUGCAUCACAAAGGAGAUAGAUGAGUCCCACAGCCUCCUCGAGGGGUUGGACAUGCGUGCUCUCGAGGACAACUGGAUCUUGGACGGGUCCUUUGAGUUUAUGUCUUCCCCGCAAAUGGUGCCGGCUAUGGAUGCCCCAUGCACGGAAGAUGUCAACGUCACUUUAAGUAGCUCCGUUGAAGGCACUCGACCAUCCUGUUUUAUAGCUUGGAGGAGAUCAACGGAGUCAAAAGAAGCGGAUGCGCGGGUCACCGAGGAGUCACAAAAGUUGCUGAAGAAAAUUGUGGCCGGCGGUGCAUGGACGAACAAUGGUCGUGGUGGCACCAUGGCGAGAGCUCGGGAAACUAACAUCAAGGCCCAUGUCAUAUCAGAGAGAAGGCGUCGGGAGAGGCUCAAUGAGAUGUUCCUAGUUCUCAAGUCACUAGUCCCGUCCAUUCAUAAGGUUGACAAAGCAUCAAUCCUUGUAGAAACGAUAGCUUAUCUCAAAGAGUUGGAGCAAAGGGAAGGAAGAAAUGUCUCAACUGGAUCUAAGAGGAAGGCAUUGGAGAGGGAGCAUAAUGAUGGCCACAUCAACAUCGUCAAUGUGACCGGGAUGUAG